UUAUACUUGGCCCGAUAGACUUAUCGAUUUCGAUUAAUUGUUAGAGAAACUUCUUGUGCAGCCCUAAGUAAUCGCAAUCGUUGUCUCGGUCCAUUUGCCAUCACUGCUUUAAACAUAAACAAUCGUCAAAAUUUCUGCUGCGUACACACAGGAAAAAUCGUAACGGGGCUACCAGAUUGCAGGUCGAUAAAAUUAAUGCACGUUUACCGCUCACUUGUGAGCAAUCUGCAUUUUGUAUAAUGAACGUUGAAGCCGAGGAAUGUGUACCAGAUGCAGCAACAGCCUGCAAGCGCCUGAAGCGCACACACUCCAAAGACGAAACUUGCAGCGAAGAAGCAGCAGCAGUUGCAGUUGCAGCUGGAUCUAAAGUGGACCUAAUAUUGGUUGGCAAGGAGGCAAACGUGACCCACAACAACAACAACAACAGGAACAAAAGCGAAUUAGAAUCGGGCACUGGCAAUGUGGCGGCAGCUGCAAACGCUGACAAAGACUCCAUGGUCGAGACAUCGAGCGAAACGUUAUCGGAUCUAAUCUUAGACACCGAAUCUCGCUCACCACGCCUAUUUCCCAUUCGAGAUAGUUUAGACUCGAUUGAUGAGCCGGCAACAACUAUUAACCCGCCGGAUGUAAUUUCCGAUUCUUCAAGCUCCAAUCCGUUCCUGGAAAUGUUGCCGGGCGAGCCAGGUUAUGUCGCACGCAAUAACUCGGCCGGAAAUGAUGGCAAUACCGAAAACGGCGAUGCAGUUGCCAGUUCGCGUACAUUUAAUCGAACACGCACGCAUCGUGUGCGCUCUUAUCGCUCCGCAUUUUCGAAUUUGGAGUCCAGCAGCAGCAGCAGUGCCAGCGGCAGCGUUCAUCAAUAUAACAGUGAUACCAAUGAUGCGGAUGUGGAUGAGGACGAAGCCGAUGAUGCCGCGGUGCCAGCAAAUGCUGAUGAGCAGGAGGAUGAAUCUCGUUCGCCGGCGGCUCAGUUGCUAGACGAAAGCAGCUCCGACUCGAGCGGCGCGUUCUGGAACCGUUUCUACACGUCUAGCAAUGAGGAAAACGAUUCCGACGACGAUUACAAUGAGGCGGAAGCAAAUCCGGCCGAUAAGGAGCAAAUUGAGUUGGCCGUUAACAAAGUGCUGUGCAAAUCGAAACCGUCGUACAACUGGAACUUUGCACAGGAGCUGAUGCGGCGCGAGCAUAAUCUGUUCAAUCGGAUUGGAUGGCGUGGCGGGCACACCACGGCCAUGAGCUUCGGUCAGGGAUAUUACGGCUCGCGGCAGGUGGUCGAGCGUAUGAAGCUGUUGAAUGCUUUGAGCAUGCAUCGUUGCUGCGUUAAUUGCUUGAGCUUCAAUCGUAGCGGAGAUCUGAUUUGCUCCGGCUCCGACGAUCUGAGCAUCAUUGUUUGGGACUGGGCGAACGGCAGGCCGAGGCAUAGCUUCAAAUCUGGCCAUAGCUUGAACAUAUUCCAAACGAAAUUCAUCGACAGCGUCGGCUGCCUGGACGUUGUCUCCUCCAGCCGCGACGGUCAGGUGCGACGCGCCGUCAUACCGCCAUCCGGCAGCAGCAGCAUCAAGCCCGUACGUCUCUACAGCCAUAACGAUGCUGUCCACAAGCUUGUCGUCGUGCCGCAGAGCAAGCAUGAGGUGAUCAGCGCCGGCGAGGAUGCCGCGGUCAAGCACUUUGAUUUGCGCACCAAUGCCUGCACGACAAUGCUCCGAUGCGUCUCCAGCGACGACAACAGACGCGUUCGUCUCUUCAGCAUUGCCCACCAUCCAUAUGCGCCAGAGUUUUGCGUCAGCGGCUCCGAUGACAAGCUGCGCGUCUACGACAAGCGCAAGCUGACCAGCCCCAUACACGAAAUGACGCCCAAGGAUCUGAAAGACGUGAGUCUUGAAAUACACACAUUUUCCCCUAACUGUGACAAUAUUCCCCCCUUUUUUGUGCAGACGAAGAUAACGCAGAUCACGUGCGCGGUCUACAAUCACAGCGGCAGCGAAAUUCUCGCUUCCUACAGCGAUGCGGGAAUUUAUCUAUACGACAGCCGCAACUAUAAGGAUGGCGAAUUUCUGCACUCCUAUGAAGGACACAUCAAUAGCCGCACCAUAAAAGGGGUCAACUUCUUUGGACCGCACUCGGAGUAUAUAAUCAGUGGCAGCGACUGUGGCAACAUCUUCUUUUGGGACAAGAACACCGAGGCGGUGAUUAACUUUGUGAAGGGCGAUCAUGCCGGCGUGGUCAACUGCCUGGAGCAGCAUCCAUCGAUGCCAGUGCUGGCCACAUCUGGUCUGGAUCACAACGUUAAGAUUUGGACGCCCAGCGGUCUGAGCGAAGCUGAGGUGCCUCGCACGGAUGCGCUGAAGGAAACGCUGCAGCGGAACUUUAGACGCAGUCUUUUGGACGUGGGCGACUUUGACAUCAAUCAGAUACACUAUUUCAUACGUCAGCUUAUUGAGCCACGUCGCAGUGCAGCUGGUGCAGCAGCUGGUGGUGGCGAACAGGGUCCGCGGGAGCGCAAUCGUAAUCUUUUCAGGAGCAGCAGCAGUAGCAGCAGCAGCAGCAUCAGCUCCAGUCCCGCUCCAGCCGCCAACAACCAGGCGGCGCGUACCCGAGACAGCAAUCCGAGUAGCUCCGAUGAGGGCAAUGCCGAUCCGCUUGGCUGCCGCUCGCAAUGAGAAGGAAGAACUGCAUCAUCCGCCAAUCUAUCAUUGUCAUUAAUCCAAAGUCGUCUACAUUACGUAUUCUCGUUUGGUUUCCUGGUCUUUAAAAGUCCCGGAAAGCAUGCAUUAUUAUUUGUUUUCUCUUUUUUUUAUAUAUUUUGUGUGUUGCGAGCACCUGAAAGUUUGCGAGCUCUACGUCUUUUAUUUGAAAGCGUUUUCAAAUGCUGUGAAUAUAUACAAAUAAGCGCGCCCAUAUUCUAAUUUUGAACAAUUUCUAAUAAAUACACACACGCAUCGAAGAACAGAA